UGAUAUCGGUAGAAUAUAGUGGUUUGCCGCAUCACAGACAUACGUACACGAAUAGCAACAUAUAUGCAAAUAAAAUGUUGUAAAGAAAGAAUCUUGAACAGCGAAACAGCGCAUGUUUUGCUUUGGCGCAUGCGUAGCUCGCUAAUGUAUAUGGGGCAAGGUUUUCAAUUCAGCAUGGGUUGACGCAGUGCUCAUAAAAUGAGGGGUGGAAGUUCGGAACGUUUGGUCGUACGGCCCUCUCGCCGUAGAGGAGAAACGCGUGCUAAGCUUACGCGAUAUAUCACCGUAAUACUAGCCACUUUGUUAGGAGGUGGGGGCUCCGCGUUGCUGUUUCUCGUCCCGCUGUACGCUGAUCCAGCGUUAAGUGCUCUAGCAGCUGAUUUCGAUCCAGUCCCAGCGGAGUGCGUCACUGAGAGGCGCGAUGACAGGCUCGGCUUGGACAACUGUACUUGGGCAUCGUGCAGAGAGGGGUGCACCAGCGACGCUUAUAAGUGUACACAGCUACACGUCAAGUACAAAGCUCAUGCAGAAGAAUGGCGUCCGGCUGUGCUGUUUGUCAAUAUAAAGGGAUGUGGUUAUCCACCGGCAGUCGACUGUGAGAAUUUCACGACAAGCUACGGGUAUGUAGGUGCUCGAUACCCCUGUUUCUGGUCGCGGGCCGAUACGUCUGUGGUGGUGCCUCGUUGGUCGCGAGGAGAGCAAGUGGCGACGGUGACGAGGACCCUGGCGGUGCCGCUGUUCCUGUCGGGCUGCGCCGGGAUAGGGCUGUGCGCGCUGCACUGCGAGUGCAAGCCGCGUCGCCGCCGACGCCCUCCACGCCGUCCCCCACGCUUGCCUACUCUAUCCCCCGAUGACACAUCAGUCUACCGUUUAGCUUAGUCUUAAAUUAAAACGAGCACAAAAUUAUAUUUUCGAUAGUGAGGAUGUAAAUAAUAUAUUGUGUACAUAUGUAUUUAUAUGAGCAGCUUUCUGCUGUCGAAAUUUUAUUUCAUAUUUAUCAAAACCAGAUAUUGAAGGCGUAAAUGAUCGCUGACGAGUUACUGAAAAUUAAAAAUAUUGAAUAUAUUUAUUGUAAAGAUGCCAAUAAAAAAUUCUGAAACAAAAAA